AUCCGGAGGUGUUUAAUCAGGCUGGCCAUGCUGGAUGCGAUUGUGUCGCCGAUGUUGCACUGAGCCUACCGAGAAAACCAAACUUUUUCACCGCUUCUUCUUCGUUGGUGUUCGCGGCUAUAUCUUCCGGUUGGCAAAGAGAGCAUCGGAACAAAGAAAUCGGGGGAAAAUACUUUGUAUUAGGUUUUAAGAAAGUACAUUUAUCACUGUAAAACAUAGAAGUGAAGAAACCUUUUUAGCUAACAAAUGUAACUACACCUUUCACAGACAAGCGGCCGCACAAAUUGCAUAUUUUUGUGAAAACUUGUGAAAUAGGUUGUGUGUUUAAUAAAUGAUCCUAAUGUAUUAAAACAUGAGAUGCAAAUAGACUGUUUGCAACGGUUCGGUGGCUGCCUUGCCUUGAGGGCGCGAACACUGGACAUUGUUGCCAACAUUCGGCCCCGCCCUCUUCCUGUUGGGAGCAUGACGCAGGCGCCCUGAGGGGUCUAGCACACGUGCUGAGCUAGCUUGCUGCUAGUUUGAAGUUUGAUUGCUAGGGAUUGCAAAAUAAUAAAACCAUGGGCACAACGUUCAUACGUCCACAAAUUCAUACAUUAUUUGAACAAGCGUGUUUAAAGGGCAAGAUGGAGGAUGAAGAUUUGGAGAAAAACAAGCAGGUCUUUAGCACUAAAGGGACUGUCAAUGGCAUCCACUGCCCAACCUCCGCUGCCGUUCCCGUGGGGAGCACGGGAUUGGAGCACAAAGCUAAGCCUUCGUUGUUUGGGAAGUACCAGCAGAGCCUUCAGACCCUCAAACCUUUCCGCUGGACGUCAUCACAGCAACACCCUAUGGACAAUGCGGGGUUCCUGUCCUUCACGUCCUUCGGGUGGAUGACCUCCAUGAUGUGGGCCAUGUUCCGCAAAAGGCUGGACUUGGGCUCGCUCAAUCUGUCUCCUUUAGACCAGGCUGAGAACAGUGCGGAAAGGCUGCAAAGACUCUGGGAGGAGGAAGUUGCCAAGUCGGGUCUGGAAAAGGCCUCCCUGAUGCGGGUGAUUCUUCGCUUCCAAAGAACCAGACUGAUUGUCUCCGUCGUCGUCGGCAUCCUCGCCAUGGUGUCAGCAUUUGUGGGACCGGCUGUCUUGGUCUACCUGCUUCUGGACUACAUCGCCGACCCCUCCAAGUCCAGCCAGUCGCAAGGCAUCGGCCUUUGCUUCGCCUUGUUCACCUCCGAGUUCUUCAAGUGCUUCCUCAUCUCGCUGCUUUGGGCGAUCAACCUGCGCACCGCUGUCCGCCUGAAGGGCGCGUUCAGCGCUCUGGGCUACCAGAAGGUCAUCUCGCUGCGGGUGCACAGCGGCGUCUCCAUGGGAGAGAUCAUUAACGUUCUGACAAACGACGGCCACAGACUGUUCGAAGCCGUCGUGUUCGGGAGCUUUGUGAUCUCCUCCCCUGUGCUGUUUUUCGUGUGCAUCAUCUACGCCUGCUACAUCCUGGGCUUGACGGCGCUGAUGGGGGUCGGCACCUACCUGGUCUUCAUCCCUGUCCAGUUUGUCCUGGCCAAGAUGAUCAACAGGUUCCAACACAAAGCCAUUUCCAUGACGGACUGUCGCGUUCGCACGAUGAACGAGAUCCUCAGCAGCGUCAAGCUCAUCAAGAUGUACGCCUGGGAGGACUCCUUCGAGAAGAAGAUCGCAGAGAUGAGGCAAAGGGAGAAGAGAUAUCUGCGGGGGGCCAGUUACAUCCAGAACACCAACAACAGCAUCACCACCAUCAUCCCCAUCCUGGCCACUGUACUCACCUUCAUGGUGCACACCUUGCUGGGCUUAAAUCUCCACUCCACCGAAGCCUUCACCACCAUCGCCAUCUUCAACGCCAUGCGCUUCUGCCUGGCUCUGAUGCCUUUGUCUGUCAAGGCUCUUGCCGAAGCCAGCGUGUCCAUCACACGUCUCAAGAAAAUAUUGCUGAUCCAGAAUCCAGAUCCCUAUGUGACGCACAGGAACAACAGCGACUCUGCCAUCGUGAUGGACAACGCCACCUUGUCCUGGAACACACCAGACAGCCACAGCGCCCCCCAUCCCACCGUGGCCAACGGAGGGACUGCAACAGCCAACGGCGACACAGCACACCCAGUCAAUGCCCCGUCCCAGGAUGAAGAGGCUGACUUGCUGCCGACCCUGAGAAACAUUUCCUUCACGCUUCCCAAGGGCAACUUGCUGGGCGUCUGCGGUAAUGUGGGAAGUGGGAAGUCGUCGCUGAUCUCCAGCAUUUUGGAGCAGAUGCACCUCCUCCAGGGCUCCAUCACGGCCGACGGGACGUUUGCCUACGUUUCCCAGCAGGCCUGGAUCUUCCACGGCACGGUGCAAGACAACAUCCUGAUGGGGGGAUCUCUGGAUCGGGUCAGAUAUGAAAGAGUGUUGGACGUGUGCAGCCUCCGAGCGGACCUGAAAAUUCUCCCACGUGGUGACCAGACGGAGAUUGGCGAGCGUGGACUGAACCUUUCAGGAGGUCAGAAGCAGAGGAUCAGCUUGGCCCGAGCCGUCUACUCUAACAAGGACAUCUUCCUGCUGGACGAUCCUCUCUCGGCUGUGGACGCCCACGUGGGCAAACACAUCUUUGAGCAGUGCAUCAAGCGCCAGCUGCUGGGAAAGUCUGUCAUUCUGGUCACUCACCAGCUCCAGUAUUUGGAGUUCUGUGACGACAUCCUGGUUCUGGAGAACGGAGAGGUCCUGGAGUCAGGGAACCAUCAGGCUCUGAUGAAGGCGAACGGACGCUACGCCCAGCUCAUCAGCGGCUACCAGGCGGAGCAGUCCAAAACUCAGACAGAAGAGGAAGAGGCUCCGCCCCAGCACGCCGUAAAGGAGAUGGUGGAAGCGGAGCCGAGACAUCGUUCAAGCAGUGGCAUCGUCAACCAAGCUUUCGACAUGGCAGACGAAGACGAGAUGGGAUUCUUAACAAGCACCAAAGCAUCCGAGGGUGCUGACCAGCUCGUCAGCCAGGAGUCCUCCUCAGAAGGUGGUGUCUCCUGGAGGACCUACCAGCGGUACUGCAAGGCAGCGGGAGGUUAUAUCACCGUCUUGGUCACCUUGCUGAACGUGGUGGUGAUGGUCGGAUCCACGGCCUUCUGCAACUGGUGGCUCAGUCAGUGGCUGGGCCAAGGGGACGGGUCGCCCAACAAGACGACAUCAGACGUGGGGGACAUCUCCAAAAACCCGGACCUGCACUUCUACCAGCUGGUGUACGGCAUGAUGGUGGUUGUUAUGGUGACGCUGGCCGUCAUCAAAUGCUUCGUCUACACCCACGUCACCUUGAAGGCCUCCUGCAAGUUCCACGACACCAUGCUGAAGAAGAUCAUUGCCAGUCCCAUGAGCUUCUUCGACACCACACCGACGGGACGCAUUCUCAAUCGCUUUGCCAAAGAUCAGGAGGAGCUGGACAGCAUCCUGCCCCUCCACAUGGACCCCUUCUUGCAGUUUGCUCUGCUGGUCACCUACACCAUCAUCAUCAUCGCCGCCGUCUUCCCCCCCAUGCUGAUCGCCGUGCUCAUCAUGGGCCUGCUGUUCACCCUCAUGCUCUUCAUCUUCCAGAGAAGCAUCCGCCAGAUGAAGAAGAUGGAGAACGUCAGUCGCUCCCCGUGCAUCUCCCUCACCACCUCCACCGUGCAAGGCCUCAGCACCAUCCACGCCUACAACAUGAAGGACGAGCACAUCAGGCUCUUCAAGUCCCUGAACGACAUCAACUCCAACCACUACCUGCUCUUCGCCUCCGGGACACGCUGGCUUGCCUUCAGACUGGACGUCAUGGCGGCGACCCUGACCUUGUUCGUGUCUCUCUUUGUGGUCCUCACCAGUAACGAGCACAUCAAUCCAGCGCUGAAGGGCCUGGCCUUGUCCUACACCAUCCAGCUGACGGGGAUGCUGCAGUACGUGGUGAGACAGGCCACAGAGGUGGAGGCCAGGUUCAACUCCGUGGAGAGGCUUCAGGAAUACAUCACGGGUUGCGAGUCUGAGGCUCCCAGACACAUGAAGGACACUAACAUCCCCGAGGACUGGCCCAAAGAAGGGGCCAUUACCUUCAAGGACUACCAGAUGAGGUACAGACAGAACACGCCGAUCGUCCUCAACGGCCUGGACUUCCUCAUCCGAGCCGGAGAGAAGCUGGGCAUCGUGGGAAGGACGGGUUCUGGGAAGUCCUCUCUUGGGGUGGCGCUCUUCAGGCUGGUGGAGCCGGCAGCAGGAAGCAUCCUGAUAGAUGGAGUGGACAUCUCCGCCAUCGGUCUGCAGGAUCUACGCAGCAAGCUGUCCAUCAUCCCUCAGGACCCCGUGCUUUUCAUUGGCACAGUCAGGUACAACCUGGACCCCUUCAACAACCACAGCGACCAGGACAUCUGGACAGCGCUGGAGAGGACCUACAUGAAGGACUCGAUCUCCAGACUGGAGGGGCAGCUUGAGGCCAAGGUGUUUGAGAAUGGAGAGAACUUCUCCGUAGGAGAGCGACAGCUGAUGUGCAUGGCGAGAGCGCUGCUCCGCAACUCCAAGAUCAUUCUCCUGGACGAGGCCACGGCAUCCAUCGAUGCCGAGACGGACACCCUGAUCCAGUCCACCAUCAAAGAGGCCUUCCAGGACUGCACCAUGCUCACCAUCGCCCACCGUAUCAACACCGUCCUGCACUCAGACCGCAUCCUGGUCAUGGACAACGGAAAGGUGGCAGAGCUGGACAAUCCCGAUGUGCUGUCCAAACGACCCGACUCGCUCUUCUCUUCCCUGCUGGCGGCCGCCAACAUCGUGAGCGCCUCGGAUGCACCUUGACGUGCACCAGCGUGUCGUGCACUCAUUCAGGAGACUUUUUUUUUUUUUUUUUACUGAUUUCACUGCAACAAAUUCAUUGACCACAGCAUUAGGGACGACCUAAUGAGACACGACACAUCUGUGGGCUUUCCACUUCCUGUUGGUUUAGCACACUGGAAUGUUUAAUAGCUCUUAUUUAUUGAUCGACUUUUAUGCCUGUUUUUUGUCAACGGUGAGUAUGUUGAGACCUCAGAGUGGUUGAAAAUGAGUGAAAGGAGUUAAAAAUGCUGCGUACACAUAGUUACUGUCUUUUUCUGCGUUUACGUCCUGUUUCCUGUGAGGAACGUAGAAGAAGAGGAGAAAACUUCCUGGUUCUUUCUCUUCUACUACUCCGUCCACCUGGUGGCACCAGAAGAUGUAUAUUUGCUGACAAACACUUGGACUUGAUUCUCGUGAGAAUAUUGAUGACUACUUAUUCUCUUUAUCAGGGAAAUGAAUACUCACAUUAAAACACUUUUGCUAUUAAAGAACUGUCUUUUUUAUCCCUAAAUAUCCUUAAAGGAGUAGCAUCCGGCUUAUUUUCUUGUAAUAUAAGACAUGAUUCUCAUGCUAUUACCAAUUGUCAUGUUGUACCUGAUGACAAACUGAUUUAGUGGCGACGUGACCAUACCAGGUAAUUUUGCUGACAUUGCAUUUUUACAUAUUUUUUUAAUUUUAACUUUUUUUUUUAGUAUUCCCGUAGGAUUUUUUUUGAUGAAAAAAAACCACAGUAAACAAAAAACUAUACAACUUUUUAUUAUUAAAUUGUUAAUAUAUUCACAUAGAAUAUGCUCAUAUUAGAAAUAUAUGAGAAAAAAAUAUUUUUAUAGAUCAGAUUUUUUGGGGGUCAAAAUUUCUAAAUAUUUAAAAAAAUAUUUGUAAUUCCUAAAUAAUUAUAAAAAAUAUGUCACAUGGUUGUUGAUCGACACAGAAGUAACCAAAGUCUCCUCGUCUGUCCAGUCAAAUGCACAAUGACACAAUGUCGGGGUCAUAUGACCUAAUAGGGGACCUAUUAUGCUCAUUUUGGGCCCUUUGUAUUCCCUUUGUAUUUUGUAUUCCAAAUACCAAAUUCCAAAUUGUAUUUGUAUUGUAUUGUAUGGCACGUCCACCAUGAUGUGAUUGGUCCUGCUCAAGCUUGUACAGCAUGCACCCAGGCACGCCCGUAUGAAGUCUGGUUCACUGUGAUGUCACAGGGAGUCGGUGUUGAAAAAAACUGUCUGAAACCGAACGUUCGAUUUCCAAAUAAUACAUUAUAAUACAAUAUUUUUCCAAAUUUCUUACUUUUGCAAAACCUUUUUCUCGUUAAGAUACGACUUUUUGUGUUAAUAUUUUGUAUUUAUUCUUGUAAAAUUACAGCCUUUUUUUUCCAUGCCCGCAGUUGCUAUCAACUAUUUAUCCUGUAAAUUUCUGUAAAUUUGUGUCUGUUGUGCCAUUUUCGGCCACAUGAGGGCGCCAUCACUGAAGUGACAAUGCAGACAUGCUUGACUGAAAGUUUUGUUUUUUCAUAUCAUCCACUUGAAAGCAAUGAUCCACAACCUGGGGCCUGGAGUUAAUAUUCACUGGACAUAAUAAAAAUGUCUCUUUUUUUUAAGUGAAGGAUGUCUUGUAAAAGCUACUGUUUUAUUUCAUGCUUUAUUUCAUGUUUUAUUUCUUGCAUAGAAAAAUAGAACUGGUCAGAGGAUUGAGCCUUGUGGUACACCUGAGGAGAAAAGGGGGGAGGAGAAAUCCUGUUUGUGAUGUAAGAGGAGCAUUCCAGCACAUAUUUGAUAUGAUU